CUCAGGGAUAUCUCUACUGUCUUCUGUAAAGAAAGACGAUCCGCCUCGAUUGAGCCCUUAUCCGUCCGAUCAGUAACUCGAUAUCUCCAAGAUGGCGCCUAAGAAGAAGGGAAAUAAGAGACAGGAGGCUGAUUGGGAAGCUGAGCUCGGCGAAUCUGCCCCUGCAGCCGGUGGCGAGCCCAGCCCCCAGGAAGAUGCCGCUCCCGCCGAAGAAGAGACUGGCGGCGGCGGUCUACUUGCCGCUUUAAGGAAGAACAAGGCCAAGAAGGGAAAGAAGGGGAAGCAACAGAACGAUUUCGUCGAGGGUGAGGAGGCACCUGCGGCGGACGAAGCUCAAGACUUCGCCAGCAAGCAACCUGAAGAAGGCACUUUCGAUGAUGAGGAUGACGUCUUCUCCAAGAAGAAUCAGAAGGCUGCCCAGGCCGCUGCAAAGGCCGCUGCAGCGCCCAAGGAGGCCGAGGGUGAGGGUGAAUUCCGUGUGAAGUCCAAGAAGGAGAAGGAAAGGGAAAAGAAGGAGAGAGAAAAGCAGCGGAAGAAGGAACAGGCCGCGAAGAAGAAGACUGAAAAGCCUCAGCAGCCUGCUAAGGCCGAGCCUGAGAAGAAGCAAGAGCCCACACCUGCCGCUGCUGCUCCCGCCCCCGCUGCCCCAGAACCUACUGGUGGCAAGAAAAAGAAGGUUCCUGCCCACCUUGCUGCUCUCCAAAAACAACAGGAGGCUCUCAGAAAGCAGCGUGAGGAAGAGGAGCGACUUCUAGCUGAGCAGCAGGCCUUAGAAGAGGAAAGGAGACGCGCGGAAGAAGAGGAGGAGAAGAAGAGAGAGGAAGCUCGUCAGCGCAAGAAGGAAAAGGAGAAGGAAAAGAAGGAGCAACUCAGGAAAGAAGGAAAGCUGCUCACUAAGGCCCAGAGGGAGGCAAAGGAGCGCAAUGAACUGCGUCUGAAGCAGAUGCUUGCUGCAGGUGCAGGCAAGGUUGCCGGCUUGGAAGACCAGGGUGCUGAGAAGAAGAAGCCUGUUUACGAUAACAAGAAGAGACAGAAGAAGAAGGGCCCAGCUAAACAGGAAGAAGACUUGGAGGCUGCCGCCGCACGGGCUAAGGCACAGCGUGAAGCUGAAGAAGAACGCCGAAGGAAAGAGGCCGAAGAGAAGGCGAAGGCUGAGGCUGAAGCCGCCGCCGCCGCCGCCGCCGCUGCCUCCGCUGCUGCUGGUGGAGAGGAGAGCGAAUUGGACGACUGGGAGAAGGCUGCUGACGCAGAAGACGACGUGAAGGACUCAUGGGACGCUCCUACAGAUGAGGAAGACAAUGCAGAAAAGCCAGCCACAAAUGGCGCCAACAAGACAGAGCUCCCUGAGAGGCCUGCUGCAGCACAAAAGAAGGGUGAGGAGGAGGAGGAGUCCUCCGAGGAAGAAUCUUCCGAAGACGAGUCUUCUGAUGAAGAACAGUCUGCGGCACAAAGGGCCAUUGCUCAAAGGAAGGCGGAAGCCGCAGAGCGCAGAAAGAAGCAGCACGAGGAGGCGAUGGCAGCUCGCUCAAAGGAUAACCUCCGCUCCCCCAUCUGUUGUAUUCUGGGACACGUCGAUACCGGUAAGACCAAGUUGCUGGACAAGAUUCGUCAGACAAACGUCCAAGAAGGGGAAGCUGGUGGUAUUACUCAGCAGAUUGGUGCUACUUACUUCCCUGUGGAUGCUCUGCGUCAGAAGACUGCUCCUGUGAACAAGGAUGGUUCAUUCGACUUCAAGAUUCCUGGUCUAUUGGUCAUCGAUACCCCCGGUCACGAGUCCUUCUCCAACCUGCGUUCCAGAGGUUCUUCGCUUUGUAACAUCGCCAUUUUGGUCGUCGAUAUCAUGCACGGUCUCGAGCCGCAGACCCUUGAGUCCAUGAGGUUGCUCCGUGACCGCCGCACUCCCUUCAUUGUUGCCCUGAACAAGAUCGAUCGUCUGUACGGCUGGAAGAAGAUUGACAACAACGGAUUCCAGGAGAGUUUGGCUAUGCAGAGCAAGGGAGUCCAGAACGAGUUCCGUACGCGUCUUGAGCGGACCAAGCUCCUGUUCGCCGAACAGGGUUUCAACUCUGAGCUGUACUACGAGAACAAGUCCAUGGCCCGUAAUGUCUCUCUCGUGCCGACUUCCGCUCACACUGGAGAGGGUAUUCCCGACAUGCUGAAGCUGCUGACCACUUUGACUCAAGAGCGUAUGACUAACUCUCUCAUGUACUUGUCGGAGGUCGAGUGUACUGUUCUUGAAGUGAAGGUGAUUGAAGGUCUUGGUACGACAAUCGAUGUUGUCCUUUCCAACGGUAUUCUCCGGGAGGGUGAUCGAGUCGUACUAUGCGGUCUUAACGGUCCUAUAUCAACCAAUAUCCGAGCGUUGCUGACGCCUGCACCUCUGAAGGAACUUCGUCUGAAGUCACAGUACGUUCAUAACAAGGAAGUCAAGGCCGCCCUUGGUGUCAAGAUCGCAGCCAACGAUCUCGAGCAUGCCAUUGCUGGUUCUCGGUUGAUGGUCGUCGGACCUGAUGAUGAUGAGGAGGACAUCGAGGAUGAAGUCAUGUCUGAUCUGGAGAAUCUGCUGAGCAAGGUUUCUAAGGAUCAGCGUGGUGUCAGUGUCCAGGCCUCGACCCUUGGUUCCCUCGAAGCUUUGCUUGAGUUCCUUCGUGUCUCUAAGAUCCCCGUUGCCAACAUCUCCAUCGGCCCUGUUUAUAAACGUGAUGUGAUGAUGGCUGGUACGAUGUUGGAAAAGGCUAAGGAAUACGCCGUCAUGCUGUGCUUCGAUGUUAAGGUUGACAAGGAAGCGGCCGCGUAUGCCGAGGAAGUUGGUGUCAAGAUCUUCACCGCAGACAUCAUCUACCACUUGUUCGAUGACUUCACUAAGCAUAUCGCUGAAUUGACGGAGAAGAGAAAGGAGGAGAGCAAGAUGCUUGCUGUCUUCCCUUGUGUUCUCCGUCCCGUCGCCGUCUUCAACAAGAAGGACCCUAUCGUCAUCGGUGUCGAUGUCAUUGAAGGUAGUCUGCGGAUGCAUACACCACUUGCCGCAGUUAAGACCAACGCAACGACCGGUGCCAAGGAAAUUAUCGAGAUUGGCAGAGUUGUAUCGAUUGAACGUGAUCACAAAGCAGUCAACGUGGUCAAGAAGGGUCAACCCUCUGUUGCUGUCAAGAUCGAGGGAGCUAACCAGCCCAUGUACGGACGUCAACUGGAAGAGAAGGACACCCUGUACUCCAAGAUCUCCCGUGCCAGUAUCGACACUCUUAAGGAAUUCUACCGUUCAGACGUGUCGAUGGAGGAAUGGGGUCUUGUCAAGAAGCUCAAGCCCGUGUUCGACAUCCCUUAAAUUUUAUACGAGCUUAUGACCCACCAUAGCCUGGGGACUUACCAGUUAUCUCGACAGGUCCUCGAUGGUAACCAUAUGGCAUUCGGCACUUGGCCGUUUGCCAG